ACAAAAUCAAGGUUGAGUUUUGCAACCCGCCUAGAAUUGAAUCGAUAAAGUGAGAAGAAUGGCGUAGAUUAUGUUUCGUCUGUUUAAAAAAUAUGUGUAUACGAGGGAGGUCAGAGAUGGGAGAGCAAAACCGACCGUAAACCGUCGAAGGAUUUACCAGUGUUGCUGGCUGGUCUGUCGGGGGAUCAGACUGAACCGUCAGUUGUAGUUCAGCAAAGGGCAUAUGUUGAAAAUAAUCACCUAGAUUCCCAAUGACUAUGAAGGAGUAUCAUGGU